CUGAUUUCAAUAAGAUUGAUGGCAAAGUUGACUCUUUUCCGGAUCUUUUAUGUUUGUUUGUUGUUGUUUUUUGUUUUGGUUUUUUCUUUAUAAUUUUGUUUCGGCUAUAUCUUGGGAGUGCGUUCGAGACCGCCGUAUCCAUAUUGUGUUUGUGCUCCGUUCUUAAAGUUGCGACUCACGAGUGAUGAGAACAUGUGUGCACGAACGUUUUCUGGUUGUCUUGUGUUCUGGUGGUGUAAGUUCUUGCACCUCGAACCCGUUCUCGUGAUGCGUACUCGGCGUUUGACAUCGGCAUGCAUUCGUAUUCGUGCCAAGAAUGACGGUCUCGAACGCACUCUGCCAGCGGAAGUCAGGUGUUUACCAUGGCCGACUACGAAAGUGUAUUGUGUGUGAAAAAUAACGUCCACGUAUUCAGAAUUCCUCCACGGCCCUCAAACAGGGGUUAUAGAGCAUCUGACUGGAAGCUUGAUGCACCAGACUGGAAUGGGAGGUUGAGGGUAGUGGCUAAAGGCAAAGAAUUAUUUAUCAAGCUGGAAGACAAAACCUCAGGGGAGCUGUUUGCCCAGUGCCCAGUGGAUAACCACCCAGGUACUGCUGUAGAGAGUGUUACAGAUUCCAGUCGAUAUUUUGUCAUCAGGAUCAAAGAUGAUGGUGGUCGCAGUGCUUUUAUAGGAAUUGGAUUUGAUGAUAGGAGCGAUUCUUUUGACUUAAAUGUAGCUCUACAGGAUCAUUUCAAGUGGUUGAAGAAAGAAGAGGAGGCCAAAGUAACAACUAAAGAAUUUGACAGUGGACCCAAAUUAGACCUUGGUUUUAAAGAGGGACAAACAAUCACUAUAAAUGUAGCAAAGACUAAGAAAGUGGGAUCUGAUACACCAACUUCCAAGCCUCGACCAAAAGGGACCAGCGCAGGAGGAAUAUUACCUCCCCCUCCUGGGGGAAUGAAAUUACCACCACCACCAGGUGGAGCUUUACCACAAACUUUUCCAUUGCCAUCUACUGGCGUUGUGUCACAAGCACAAGUGAACAAGAACUCUAAUAGUAAUGUUGAUCUGUUAGGUUUCGACUUUGGUGAUUCACCUAGUAGUAAAUCUUCAAAUGUAGCCCCAGUUCAACCUGUACAGACCAACAGUGAUCCAUGGGGAGAUUUCACAGGGGCAGGUAAAAAGGAACCCAUAAAUGGCAUCAACUGUUUCUUUACGGAGGACUCCUUCAACAAGUACUCGAGGCUACCAUCGACACUGGAAGAGAGACUUCUGAUGAAAAUUAAACAGAUCAAAGGAGAACCUGUUUGUCCAAGCACUGUACAGGUGCAAAGUCAUACUUCUUCUCCCAGAGAUGAGACUCCAGUGUUAGGGGAGAGUGUACAGAUUUUGUCUGACAGUACAACUGAACUCCCGACCGUACAGAGAGAAACCAAAACCCGAAGUACACCAAACCAGCAAAAAACGAAAAGGAAACUGGGAGCUGAACCACCAUAUGUAAAGAAAGUCCCCCCACCCAGGAAAUCCAGAUUCUCACAUGAUCAGCAGAAGCGCUUCGUGUACCUUUACAAGAAAUAUGCUCACAGAGCUUCAGUGGAUACAGUAGAAGAAGAGAGAAGUGAAAUUAGAGAACUACAGAUACUGACAAAUGAAGUUCUUGAAGAGCAGAAAGAGUUCCAGGAAUUUCAGGAGGUGUUAGCCAAUACAUCUCAUAAAACAGACUACACCUACAUGCAUCCUGCCACCAGGGCUUACACGGAGGAUUAUAUCCAGAGUCGAAAGAAGGAGGUAGAAUUAUACCCAAAAUAUUACAAUGCAGAAACAUCUUUUAAGAUUGACGGUGAAGGGCAGUCCUCUAAGAUGGUGUACAUAAAGCCUCUUCUUCAACUGGGAAUUGUACCAAAGAUGAUCCUCCCAUCUGUGGCCCAACAGCUGAAGCCAGAACUACCGCUGGACUCACCUGCAAUCAGUCAGCAGUAUCCAGUGUCUAAAAAUAGAAAUCACAAACCAGGAGCCUGGAAUCAUGAGCCCUGUAGCAUGGACGACAAUGCCGCACACCUGGCUGUAGGGAACCGAGCACACAUUGUGAUAUCUUCAGGAGCUCUGCAGUGUUUGGUAGACAACCAUGCCCCCAAACAUCUGGAGGACUGGGAAAUGCCAGUCACUGUAAGGGACUACCCACUCAAAGAGGGUGAUAAAGUUAUUGUUCACAGAGUUGUGUUCAUAGACAGACCUUUUUUAAAACCACAGUUGACAUCCAAAGACAAAAACACAAAAUUCUUCAAGUGUGCUCUGAAGGCUUUCAUAGCAAAACCUUCACAGAAGGGCCAUGUGUUUAGUAAAAUUGAAAAUUCUCAAACAGAUACAAAGCCUGUUGGACCAACUCCUGCAGAUAAUGCACAGAGCUCCACAAUACCUACUAGUAAAGCUUUGAUUGAAAAUGUAGGGAAAGGUCGUACUGUAACAAAAGAGGAGCCAUUUUCUACUGAAGAUGUCUCUCUGGAGGACCUUGAAUGUUUUGGGACAGCAAAGAAAAAUCAAAAUUUUUUAUCCAAAAACAAGCAAACUUCAGCAGUGGAAGUGAAAAUGGAAUCUCAGUCAAGUAUAGAGGACUUAGAAUCAUUUGGGACAGUGACUGCAAGAAAACCUGCAGGUAAAGCUAAGCCUAAGGAUUCUGAUCAAGACUUGCUCAGGAAAAUUAAAGAAAUGCAUAAACCCCAGAAACAAACACUUCCCAUCAAAACUCGGCCAAUAGAAAAGACAGCUUUAGAAAUAAAAGACGUAGAAAUGAAUUCUUUAGGAAAUUCAAGUACAUGUGAAUUUCAAGGAAAAUAUACAGACACAAACUCACAUGGUGGAGAUGACAGUGUUGCAAAUUUGAAAGGACAAGUUGCGUGUGCAACAGAUACAGUUGAUGUACCAGAUGAAGAACAUUUUCACCCAGAUGUAAUAGAAAACACAGGUAUGGACUCAUUAAAUGAAAUUUCUCAGACGUCUACACUUAAUAUUAUUAAUGAUGUCACAAACAAAAGUGGAACUCAGAUGAUACCUUGGCGUACACCAGAAUUGUUAAAUGAAUGUGAAGAAAAGACUACACCAAGGAAAGCAGUAAAAAUUCCAGCAAGGAGGGCUCUGGGGAAAAGUGAGGAUGACAGCAGUGAUGAGGACGAGGACAAAUUAUACAUAAUGGAAAGUCCAAAGAAGAAGAUGGAGGUAAUUGAUGAAGCUCCUGCCAGUCCUUCACCUGCUAGUCCUGAUCCAGGAACUGAUGAGAUGGAGAUCUGCAGGAUCAUUCCAAUAGGAUCAGACUAUGCUUCUGACUCAGCUCAAAGCCCAGCAAGAUUACAAGAGUCACCCACUAGUCCAUGCAAGGAAAGUUCCACAGACUUUUCAGAAGCUUUACCUUGUCCCAUUAUUCCGCUGUGUAGAGAAAGUGAAGAUGAGACUGCUGACACUUCAAAACAGGGACAGACGCCACAACAGAACAUUCAGUUGCCAGUCGCUAGCUUUGAAAAACCUGUCAGCACAUCAUUAAGGAGAUCAAACAGGCACAAAAAUGAGAACCAAAGAAUGGAUUCAUUGAAAACAGACAGUGGUCAGUGUGAAAGGAAGACAAGUACUUUGGACAACAGUUUCAGGGAGAGUUGUGGACUUGAGGACCACCAAAUGGUUGAUGGCGAUUCUGAUGAAGAGUUAGUGAUAAGGAGGAAAAAGAGUAAGAGAGAUGUCAUCACCUCAGACAGUGAAGAUGAAGGAAAAGAAGUAAAAGCAGAAGCAGUAAAGAAAAAGAGGGGGAGGCCUAGAAAAAAUCCCAUUGUUGUAUCAGUAGCACCGAAGGAAAAUGAGAGCACAGAAAAAAAGCCAGGGGCUUCAAUUCGUAUGGUGACUCGAUCCAGAUCAUCAGUCGGAGGUACAUCAGAGGAGGAGGUAUCGGACAAGGAGGUGACAAAUAGAUCAAGGAGGAAGUGCAAGUCUGGGAUUACUACUACUAAAGAAAACAAUGUAGAGGUUGGGAAAUCUGCUGAGGAUGGUAAUGAAGUUGUAAAAGAUCAGGAAAUUGUCACCAAUCAACAAAGCUUUUCUUCUGAUACUUCUGAAGCAUCUUUUGUACAAGCUAAGAGACUGAGAUCGGAUAGUGCUGAAAACCUUCUUGGUAAAAUUGGACCACAAAAAAGAGUAAGUCGGAUUGGCAGACCACCCAUUCGUCCACCUGUGCCGAUAUCAAAACUAGAAAGCUCUAAAUCCAUACAACCAGAGGCCAAGUCGAGGGAGAAAAGCAGCAGACAAACAGACAAACUGCAGGAUAAGUUCAGCUUAGACAGCAUCUUAAAUGUGCAGCAGAAGCUCCACAAAUCUAGUGGAGAACCAAAUGUUCCUAAUUAUGCUUCUGAAAAUGUUGAUCAUAUAUUCAAGUUCCCACAGCGGAACAACGUGACCUAUAACCUUUGGGAUUUAGGGGGUUUCAGCGUCAUCGUACGAUGCAACAUUCAUGGCGUUAUAAGGGACAUAAAUCAGCAGUUAUCGUUCAUUCAUCUGGUUCCUAAAUUGGAGUACCAGUGUUUAUUCGGCAUGGAGCAAGUUACACCCAGCGAGACUGCAAGAACAUGGAUCUCCUCCUACAUCAGACCUAACUGUCGAGUUCUCAGGGCAAGAUUCCAUACACAGAGGACAGAACUUGUUUGUUUAGAAGAAUUACAACCAGCACAGAUUGUACCACCUACACAGGGCUUCAGCCCGGGAAGUGCCUUUUUGAUGCUGCAGAAUAUUUUCCACCACCUCCACCAGUUAUCUCCUGGACAAUAUCUCCUCGGUCACAAGAAAUUUUCUGAUAAAUGUAUGAUAAAGAAAGCUACAGAAGACAAUAAAAGGGGCUCAUAUGACCUACACUUUAACCAGCUGGGCUUUGCUGAUCCCGAGUUUGACCUGAAGAAGGUGCCAUGGACUCCUCUGGAUCCCACCAUUAUGCUUCCCUACCAUACAUUACAUGGCAGAAUCCCACUGACCUUUGACCCAAUUGAUUUUAAAUUUAACUACUCAUCCCAAAGUAAAAUUGCAAAGAGGAAGAAGAAGAACAAAGGGAAACGGAAUAAAGGAAAAAACAAACCUCCACAGCAGAAGUAAUGUGUGCUCAGAAGAACGGCUCAGGAGAACGGUUCAGAAGAACGGCUCAGGAGAACGGCUUCAGGAGAACGGCUCAGGAGAACGGUUCUGUGACAUGUGGUGCUGGCAUACUGUGAUUGAUCUCAUCUCAUGAUAAUAAAUAACAAAACUUAUGGUUCAAACAAA